GCUAUUCUCAUCAUCGGAAAUGACGCGUGACACCCAAUUCCCGUGUGACCCCGCCGGUGUAUGCAUGCGAUGCAAAUCGACCCCUCCGCCGGAGGAAUCUCUCACUUGCGGAACGUGCGUUACGCCUUGGCACGUGUCCUGCCUUUCUUCACCACCCGAAACCCUCGAAUCUACUUUACAGUGGCUUUGUCCUGAUUGCUCCGGUGAAACCGAUGCUCUUCCUGUUUCCGGCGUUGCGCCCGGAUAUGGAUCUGUUGGUUCAGAUCUUGUAGUGGCGAUCCACGAGAUUGAGGCGGAUAACUCUCUGUCUGCCGAAGAGAAGGCUAAGAAGAGGCAACAGUUACUGAGUGGUAAAGCCGUAGUCGAUGAGGAUGACGAAGAAGAGAAGAAGAGGAAGGACACCAUGUGGGCACAACGCUUGCUUGAAAUGUUUCUUGAAGUGGAUGGGACAGGGAAAUCGCAGUUGUUGGCAAGAUUAUCGAAGAGGGUUGAUGCGAGUACUUCGAAAGUUGUUCACGUCAUCAGUAAUGAAGACCGUCCAGAUAAAGCAUUUACAACCGAUCGAGCUAAGAAACUAGGGAAUGCGAAUGCUUCCAGCGGCAAGAUUUUUGUAACAAUCCCACGGGAUCACUUUGGUCCUAUAACAGCUGAAUAUGACCCUGUUAGGAACCAAGGUGUUUUGGUUGGAGAAUCCUGGAAGGGCCGACAUACGGCUCGGCAGUGGGGGGUUCACUUCCCACUUGUUUCUGGCAUUGCUGGACAAGCUAGUUAUGGAGCUCAGUCUGUUGUGCUUGCUGGAGGUUAUGAGGAUGAUGAGGAUCAUGGAGAAUGGUUUCUAUACACAGGAAGUGGGGGAAGAGAUCUCAGUACUCGCAACUUAAGGACUAACAGCGUUCAGGGUUUUGAUCAAAAAUUUGAAAAGUCUAAUGAAGCCUUAAGACUUAGCUGCAAACUGGGGUAUCCUGUUCGAGUUGUCAGGUCUUCCAAGGACAUGCAUUCUGCAUACGCCCCUGAGGGAGAAUUACUAAGGUAUGAUGGGGUUUACCGCAUCGAGAAAUGUUGGAUCAAAGUUGGAGUACAGGGUUCUUAUAAGGUCUGUCGUUUCCUGUUUAUUAGAUGUGACAAUGAGCCAGCUCCAUGGACCAGUGAUGAGCAUGGAGAUCGUCCAAGACCUUUGCCUAUUGUUCCGGAGCUUAAUAUGGCCACAAACCUAUUUGAGAGAAAAGAAAGUCCAUCAUGGGAUUUUGAUGAAGGUGAGGGUCGUUGGCGAUGGAUGAAGCCGCCACCUGCUAGUAGAAAGCCAGUUAAUAAUGUUAAGGAUCCUGAGGAGAGGAAAAUUUUGAGGAAAGCCAUGACGUCGACACACUCGAAUACGAUGAGGGCAAGACUUCUGAAAGAAUUUAAGUGCCAGAUCUGCCAGCAAGUGAUGACUAAUCCUGUGACAACACCUUGUGCUCAUAACUUCUGCAAGGCUUGUUUAGUAUCCAAAUUUGCUGGGAAAACUCUAAUGAGAGAGAGAAGCAGAGGUGGACGAACACUACGCGCACAAAAGAAUGUCAUGAAGUGCCCUUGUUGCCCAACAGACAUUGCUGAAUUUAUCCAAAACCCUCAGGUCAAUAGAGAAGUAGCGGAGGUGAUAGAGAAGCUGAAGAACCAGGAGGAGGAGGACAACACAGAACAUGUAGAUGAAGGUGAAUGCUCAGGUACCAGCCAUGAAGAAGAAACUCUGCCCGUGUCUGGAGAUGCUAAGCAACCAAAGAAACGGAUUAAGUUGGACAUUGACGCAACAGUUUCUGCGACUGUAGUGGAAUCUGACAUGAAGUAAAUUUUGGUUUAGUUGGGAAUUAAAUUUGGUCAAAUAAAAAGAGGAAGUGAAAUGAAUUAUAAAAAAAUUAUUACUUCUGUGGGUUUAGUUAUUGUUUGACAGAUUGAAUUUUGAUUUUAGUUAUAAAAUUCAUGAAACGUU